AUGGGGUACGACGUGCCAGAUUGCCAAGCGCUGGGACGAUCCGGCGGCGGCGACGCGAAGCGCAUGACGUGCGUCUACGCCGUGGGCUGUGGGGACGGCUCUACGACGGUGGGAGACUUCAUCAAGGAGAUGAUGACCUUCGCGGGCGGCGUCCAGGUUCCACACCUGUCGAUCGGCUGUGGCGAUGAUAAUAAGGGCCUGUUCGGGGCGCCGGGCGCGGGGAUCCUAGGCCUCGAUCGUGGCCAAAUAUCGUGCCCGAGCCAGAUUGCUGCUCUCGGCUACAACACCACGAGCUUCUCCUAUUGUCUCCUUGACGUCUUGUCAAGCCCCGGCUCCCACUCCUCCACCCUCACCUUCGGUGGCGACACCGUGGAGACCUCCCCGCCAGCGUCCUUCACCCCCCACGGUAUGGAACCCGAACAUGGACACAUUCUACUAUGUGUGGCUUAUCGGCGCCAGCGUGGGUGGCACGCGCGUGCCGGGUGUGACUGA